AUUUCGUGCGCCUCCCGCCUCGGGGAUUCUGUUCUUCUGCUGCAGCCAAGGUCUGCGGUUUCCCCUUCACGAGCCCUGUUUUGCCUAUAAUAAGUAUCCCCAGCCAGCCAACCGUGCGGAUUUGGGAAUCGAGCCCGAGCUGCUGGAUCAUAACUGCGACAAGUUGACCAUGUCUGUCUGCAGCGCCGUCUCCGACUCCGUCCCCGCCGCUGCUGCUGCUGCUCGUCCUGCUGCUGCAUCGACGUCUUCCCUAGCCCUGCCUAUCACUCAUCUCCAAGCAAUCACGCGGCAGGCAACCCGGUCUCCUGUCACGCCAGAUUCUCCUACUUACCCAUCGUUUACUGCUGCCGUUGCCGUGUCGAGAAACGCGACAUCCACAUCACGACGAGAGGCGCGAGACAUGUCGAACGUUACCAAGCAGAUGCACACGAUACCGGGCACACCAGCGGGGUCGGGAUCAGAGUCGGAGCCGGAGACGUCGGAGCCACCACCGCCGCCGCCGCCGCUGCUGCCACUGCCCCCCAUUCCCACCGGAGCGGUGCCCGCCUCCCGCACGGCAUCCACGGCCGUAGUCGCCGCCGCAGCUGCAGCGGCCGCUACUGCCGCCAGCGCAACAACAAAAGCGAACUCCACUCUCCCGCGCAAAGCCCAUUACGCGCAGACUCCCGAACAGGUGUUGCACACCAUCCGGGACCGCUCCCGCGAGCACUAUCAGCGGCUGCUGCGCGAGCGCCCCUCCGUCCCGCUACUUUCCACCGAUGGCUACCAGCAGCAGCAGCAGCAGCGCUCGCAUGUCCCCCACCACCAACACCACCAUCAACACACCAUGUCGAUGCGCUCGCGCUCGGGCUCGACCAGAUCUGCGCCCGCGGGUCCCUGCAUCACCAUCGUGAGCGGCAAGGGACGCACCGUGCAUCAGGUAGCUGCAGCGCCCGAUGUGCCCACGGUUCCUACGCGCUACGGCAGGGUGCCGACGCCGGUCGGCUGUUUGCCGGGGACCGGGGGUUUGCGGAUUGAAGACUGGGCCAUCUUUGGUGGGCCGUCGGAAUCGCGCGGUGAGCGCCCGCGCUGGGAGUUGCCCGAGAAUUGUUUCAAUGGGGAGGAGGGUGGGAAUGGUGCUGGUGCUGGCGGUGGUGGGGGGGGAGGGGCGGCGAGAAGGAAGAAGGUCCCACCUGGAGGUGCUGCUGGUGCGAAUGGUGGUUCGAUCUUGACCGAAAUGCGCCAGAAGGUUAAGAGCAUGAUCAAGGGCCUGCACGUCAACGUGUCCAUUUCGUUCGGUGAAAAGGGGACUACGGGUGGUGGCGGCGGCGGCGGCUGCGUUGAGGACCGUGAAAUACCUCGCCAGACACGGCGGGAGAUGACGCUGCGGAUCAAGAACAGCAAGACCGGGAGCUGCGUAUACGAGAUACUACGGCACGAGGAUUCCAAAGACGAGAUCCUAACGCCGCUCGAGGACCUCCGCGCCCUCUUCCCGUACAGCAAGAAGCUGCAGCGCGAUCUCGUCGAGUGGAACCGGCACUACCAGAACCCGCCGCAGCACUGGGUCGUCAACUUCAUCCCCCGCGCGUAUCUAAAGCGUGGCUAUAAGCUCGGCGAGGAGCUGUGCGAGUACUUCAUGCAGCAUCCGGACGGCUGCCAGUAUAGAGUCGAGUACGAGCCCAUCGGCCACGCUUACUGCCACGUCGGCACGGUUGUCCCGAGGAAUCGCAGGAAGUCUAGGAGGGGCGGCGAUAUGUGGUGGGAGGGUGGCCGCGAGAAACAUAUCGACUUUUCGGAUUCAAAUGCUCGGUGACAUGAGACUUAGCCGUUGAGACGGUUCGUUAAUGCUGGAGAAUCGUUGGUGGACGGGCGAGAUACAGGAAUCCAAGAUGGUGCCCCACAUAAUGGAGAGGUGGAGGAAGGAAUGGUACAAGUGGGCAUUUGGAUGGGACUGGAU